CGCCCCGUCCGAGGCGGGAGCAGGCUGAAAACCCCCGGCCGGACCCCGGCGCUCCACUCGCCCCCACUGCCCCAGCCUGAGCGCCCAGCUCCCGCGGUCUGCACGCUCCCCGUAGCCACUACCGCCCUUCAGAAUGGCCAACAGGGGGCCUGCCUAUGGCCUGAGCCGCGAAGUUCAGCAGAAGAUUGAAAAGCAAUAUGAUGCGGACCUGGAACAGAUCCUCAUCCAGUGGAUCACCACCCAGUGCCGCAAGGAUGUGGGCCAGCCCCAGCCUGGGCGCGACAACUUUCAGAACUGGCUUAAGGACGGCACGGUCCUGUGUGAGCUCAUCAACUCACUGCACCCUGAGGGACAGGGCCCUGUGAAGAAGAUUCAGGCCUCCACCAUGGCCUUCAAGCAGAUGGAGCAGAUCUCGCAGUUCCUGCAGGCGGCGGAGCGCUAUGGCAUCAACACCACCGACAUCUUCCAGACUGUGGACCUCUGGGAAGGAAAGAAUAUGGCCUGUGUUCAGCGGACACUUAUGAACCUGGGUGGGCUGGCGGUAGCCCGGAAUGAUGGGAUCUUCUCUGGAGACCCCAACUGGUUCCCUAAGAAAUCCAAGGAGAACCCGCGGAACUUCUCGGACAACCAGCUGCAAGAGGGCAAGAAUGUGAUUGGGUUACAGAUGGGCACCAACCGCGGAGCGUCUCAGGCGGGCAUGACUGGCUACGGGAUGCCACGCCAGAUCCUCUGAUCUCACCUGGCCUGGCCCUGCCCUCCUGUGAAUGUUAAUAUAUAGAUAUAUAUUUAGGCAGUGACAUUCCUGAGAGUGCCAAGCUCUCUAGCUCUUCUCUGGGGAGCGGAGGCUGACCUGGUCCCUUUGGGGAUAUCUGAAGGCAGCCUCUCUCUCCCCCCAAGCUUGCUGAUACAUUCCCUUCUCCAAACCUACUAAAACUGGACCAGCUCACUUUAUCUUUUCCUCUGGGACCAAAUUUGGGGGGGAGGGCCCUCCCUUCACACCCAUACUUCUCUUGUCCUCUGGCUGCUCCCCCUAAGCGCUGUGCUCUUACCCAUUCCUUGGCGGGGGGUCGAUGGGGGUCAGGGCCACUGCCUCCGGCCUGCCUGCUGCAAGAACGCCUCGCCCACAGCGUGGCCACAGAGACGUAAUUAACAGGGAGGAGCCAGCGACUUAGGCCCCACUGGGCCUCCCGGUGGGGCCUCCCGCUCGCCGCCGUCCCUGCAGCCUGCCCUGCUCAGGGCCUCUUGGCUUCCCUUCCCCUCCCUACUCUGUGGCUGAGGCUGGGGUGAGGGACAGAGGAGGAAGAGUGCCUACUGUGGGGCAGGGCUUGGAUCUGAUUUCAAUAAAGAAUUUCCAGUUUCUGUG